AGGGAGGAAGGAGGACAGACCUUUUUGCCUCAACAGCACUUCAAGGGUUUCUUUUCUUCAAACGGGUUGCCUCAAUUUCUCCCUGUUGUUACUGAAAUAAGACAACUUUUUCAACUCAAGAGUAGCGCCAUACACGACGGGAUAUUUUACUGUCAGAGUUUGGAUUUUAAAGUUUCAAUAAAUUAUGGAUUUAAGGAGUUUGGUAGGCCUACCUGCUGUUCUGCUACUCCUCGGUGUAGGUGCUGUGUUCGCGCAAACUGCCGCACCUAAAAUAGUGUGUGAGACUAAGAAUGGAACAAGCUGUGAGGAAUGUCUAAAGAUUGUGACGUGCCUGUGGUGUCAGAAAACUAAGAUGUGUAUCACGUACCCAGUCAAAACCAUCCUCCCCCCGCACUCCCUCUGCCCCCUCAACGAUGCACGCUGGGGACGCUGCUGGGUGAACUUCCAGUCAUUGAUCAUCGCCAUGGCGGUGGUGGGUGGAGUCAUUAUCAUCGCCUUCCUGGUCUGCCUCUUCUGCUGCUGCAAGUGUGAACACAUCGGGUCUACGAGGUUCGAUACCAAGAUGGAGAGACGGACCAAUAAGAUGAAGGGAAAACAGGAAGAGAGAAAGGCAGAGAUGAAGAUGAGGCAUGAGGAAAUCAGAACGAAAUAUGGUCUCAGUGGUUCCAACCCGUACUCCAAAUUCUCCUGAGCUGAUAUUUGGACACUGUACUAUCAACUGCCUUCCUUCUCUUUACUCCCCCCCCCCCCAAACCAUUAAUCAUAAAAGUCUUAGAGGCGUUUUUAAAGGAUUUGUAUAAUUUCAGAUCGUAGUUUUGAAAGUAGCGCUCACAAGUCAAAACGAGUCACCAAAAAUUGUGCUUAGUUUUCACUUAUUUCGUAUGUUAUGUCCUGCAAAAAAUAUAUAUAUUUCCUACAAUUCGUAUGAUGUAACGAAUUCGAAUUUGUACAAUAUGUUACGAUUUUGUAAGUUCUUAAAAUCCCAUUGAAUAUCUUUAACCGUUUUGAGGGGAAUACAUGAAACUGGCCUUAGAUCAAAGUUUUGGGACAGCCUGAUAUGCAACAUUAUCUUCCCAUGUAACACAGGUCAUUAAACAUUGUGUUGAAUGUAAUGAACAAAGUCUUCUCUGAAUACUUAGCUAGAACAAGUUCUGCGCUGCUUGGUGAGUGGUGCAGUGCAGAACAUGUCUUGCAGUGCACAGGUGUAGUACCCUUAAAUGUACCUUAUACCUUCUGUGACUACUACUGUAUUAUAAACUCAUAAUGAUGAUGGUACUUGAGGGUUACUACUUGGUUGUAGGAGAUCUUGCCUAUGCUCUACUUAAAUGAGAAGAUGCACUCCAGGAAAGUUGACCUUAUCUAUGUUGACCUUUUUCUAUGUAUAUUUAUCUGAUGGUGAACUAUCAGAAAUGUGUCCAGUGCACGCACACCUGUACUCCAUCAAACAAUAAACUUGUAUAGAUGUAUUGUUUUUCUAAUUUGAACCAGAAUUGUACUUAAUGAAGCACUAUGCAGAAAUCCCUCCAGGCAUUUCCUGCUUGCUAAAAUAUUAAGAGUUCACCUUAUUUCAGUUUGCGACAAAACAAGCAAGAGAGUCAUUGUACCAUCUAAACAGCUGUGAAAUAUAUUUUCCAUACGGUAAGCAUCGAUCUGCUUCUUAAACUUGCUUUCAAAGAGUCACAGAUCUAUAACUCACAUUUCUAUGUGAAUUUGGUCAGGUCGCCCAAAAAGUUACAUAUUGCAGCUUUAAAUAGGAGGCUAUUCAGAGUUUAAUGCUCAGAAUUGCAGAUAGAAAUGUACCCUACCUUAUAGAAUGUACACACCUUGUAAAAUGACGAAUGUCAAAUCUAAGUAAUAUUUUUCUACCGGUGACAGCUUUCUCUUUACAGACACCAGCUACUUCAGUUAGAAUAUUGUCAGGACAAAUGAAUCAACGUUUUAUUAAUGUCUAGUUGUGUAAUAAACUACCCUUUGUCUGUUGAUUGAACAAAUCUAUUUUUACUCAAAUAAAACUUUCCACUAUGUAA